UAUAAGCAAGAGAAGCAAAAGUGCAAAAAACGUACUUUAGCGCAAGUGAAACUAGAAAGGGUUUGAGAAAAUGACAGGACCUGGCUCUUCGUGCGGGGCGUGCAAGUUCUUGAGAAGAAGGUGCUCCAGUGGGUGCGUGUUUGCACCUUACUUCUGUUAUGACCAGGCGGCUAGCAACUUUGCGGCUGUUCACAAGGUGUUCGGUGCCAGCAACGUCUCGAAGAUGUUGCUACACCUCCCGGUGGACUGCCGAGGCGAAGCUGCCAUAGCAAUAUCGUACGAGGCCAUAGCUCGGAUGCAGAAUCCCAAAUACGGCUGCGUUGCUCAGAUCCUUACGCUGCAACAGCAGGUGGCAAACCUCAAGCAAGAGAUCGAGAAUUUUGAGAAGCAGGUGCCUCGUCCUGCCUGCGAGAUCCCUGAACAAAACACGAUAGAUGAGAUACAGUUCUCUUCCAAGUACAAGAACACGAGAAUUAACGAUUAUAUGAAUCAAGACGUUGAACAGUCAUACCUGGAAGAUUUAUCUGUGAAGCCCUUCGAUAGACAAACAACUAUACAGCAUCCCCCAACGAUGACCAGAUUGGAGGACGAAAUUAUCCUCCCAUCCUACGAUCCAGACAUCUAUGAUCUCCUCGACGGAAUGGAGCAGAACAUUUAUCUGCAACAUCUACUUAUGAACAGUGGCAGCAUUUAUCACUAAGGAAAGUCACAUGUUAGAGUCAUGCACAAUGUAGAUACCAUGUUCUUUUCCUCGGUGUGUGUCCUAACCCUGCCAAGUUAUUGUCAACCAUGCAGAAAAUUGAGUUUUUCAUGAGCCUCUGUCUAUAUGUAACUAAAACUCUCAAAGGAUGUCACAAAUAACAUCAAAGGAAUUUUCUAUUCAGCAAAA